AUGUCGCAGUUGUUCUUCUUUGCUCUGAUUUUACUUUUCGAGUUUUCUAUUGUCCAUCCCAAGGAAACUUUAAAUUCUGUUUACCUCGAUGGAGAAAAAGCAUUUAAAAUGUAUUGGGUGUACAAUGAUGGCACCAAUACAGUCAAUUUUGUUUUGGAGGUUAGCACGCUCGGAUGGGUCGGUUUCGGAUUUGCCAACAAAAUCAACAGAAUGAAAAACUAUGAUGUGAUUGUUGGAAAGAUUGAAAAUGGAAGGGGAUGGCUCACCGUAAGUUCCUCUCUGCGUAUUUAAAUCUCUCUCUUCUUUGGAAGUUUUGAAUCUCAAUUAGAAAAGUAGCACGAUUUUUAUACUUUACUUAAGUAUGCAUGUCGAGAAAGAAACAACGCAUCAGCGAGGUAAAUAAAUAAUUAUUUUGGUUUUUAAUCCGUCCUUGGUCACACAUUUAAAAUAGUAAAUCGGCAGGAACCACCAGCUUAUCCGGUUCCACUGAUUUGCUUUCGCUUUUUCAGUCUUAGUGAGAGCAAUCUAUUUUUAAAAAAAUUUGAAAAUGAACAAAUUCAUAAUACAGGCACAGAAUGUUGUUAAUGCAAGAUUAUUAUAUUUGCUGUCUGGCUUGAAGUUUUCUCUAUGUUCGUUCAAUUUGGUCAAACACCAUACAACGAAAGAAGUAUUUUGCAAAUCAUGAAGCUUUUGAAGAAGAAAAAUAACAUCUUUUCAUUUCUCUAAGAGUUCAUUUGUAACAUUUUGUCAUCUCCAGGAUCGUUUUACCGGCGGUUAUUCAGAACCUUUAGCAGAUCUAUACCAAGAUUAUAAUCUUACAGGUUUCAAUGAAAGCAACGGCAAAACAUUCUUGGAAUUCUACAGAAAAAGAGACACUGGCGACAAGAAAGACAUUGAAAUCAAGGUUAGAAUGAACUUAGUAAUUCUAUGCAAAUCAAUUUUUUUCAAUACUCUUUAUAAUGAAUUUCUUAAUUUUUUAUAUCGACAUCCUUCCCCUUUCAAAUCUUGGGUUUAUAAUGUAGCACUCUCUGUUACCCGAGUAAUCAGGAGCGUUUUUGAGACUCUUGACGUCAGGAUUAAGCAGUAUUGAUAACUUCAAUUAUAAAUUGCUCGACACCAUCAUUACAUUACAGCAUUACAGUGUUUAUGAGCCAAUAAACUGAGCAUAUCUAUCGAAAUGCAGGAAUAUUUUUUAAGUCGACAUUACCACUUCAUUCUUUUAUGACAGCCGCCACAUAUCUUUGGCAUAUAGUUCGUGAGUUCAGUCCUCAGUGAAACAUGUUUUACACUUUUGUAAAUAGAGUAAGAAAGAUGGUAACUUUUGAGCUCGUUAAAGGAAUUGGGUAAGAUGUUUUUCGUCUUGUGACGAGCGUGGGACAAGAUUCCUCAUAUAUAAUAUGAGGAAUCGAACCUCAGACCUUCGGAUUUCACACUUCGGUGCUCUACCACUGAGCCACAGAGAGGUCCAUCACGAAGUUCACAUGACACGCGUCCUUCAAACUGCUGGGAUCAACAAUGUCGAUAACGCCAUGUUUGUAAAUAAAAUUAGAGAGAUGGCAACUUUUGAGCUCGGUAAAGAAAUAGAGGAAGCUUUUCGUCUUGUCACGACUGUGGGACAGAGAAAAAACUCUGAUUCCUCAUGAGGAAUCGAACCUCAGACCUUCGGAUUCCGCGCUCCGAAUAUGUUUUACACUUAUCACGAAUUAUUAUAAUUAGAAUUUAUUUCUAAGAUAAACAUGAGCAUAUCAUCCCACUAAUUACGGUAGGUUGAAAAAGUGCUUUCCGCGUCGAGCAAAACAACUUUAGUUCACGCAGUCCAAAGAUCUAAUAACUUAUAACUCGAUUUAGAAGUGUACCUCCGCUAAAAAAAAAAUAUUGCAAAGGACCACAAACUUAAUGUUAAGAGCUGACAACAUCAUGAUUUUAAUAAUAGGAAGAGAUAGAGAGUGAUUUCCACGAAUGAUCUUUGAAUUGCUCAUACAAAACGUCGAAAGGAAUGAAUUUGACACUUGGGAUACAAACGUCAGCUAAAACCAUUUUGCGAAUUGACUGUUAGAUCCAUUUAUCGCCUGCUCGGCUGCUCCCAGAUGUCCUUGAGUAGUUCAUUUUUUUCUCCUCCUUUCACUUUAAGCUUUAAUCUCGCCAUUUUUUGACAAAUUCACUUUUGCAGCCAGGACCGAUGCUUUUGGUGUACGCUUACCACACACUGGAUUAUCCAUCGCCUUAUAAAACAAAGCACGAAAAGCAGGGCUUCAAAAUAGUCACCUUAAUCCCAGCAGAUACAAGCACGACCCACGCACCCAAACGCAGCACCAAUGUCAGAAGUCUGAGGCUCACAGUAGAAAAUAAUCAGACGAAAACCACCACACCAGCGUCCUUCACAGCUACAUUGGAGGAGACUGAGAAAGCAAGAGUUCUUGGAUCCAUAUCUUCAUACACUCGUGGUUCAACUUUCCUGACGUUCUUACUUUUAUCAUGUUUAUUUGUGCAAUCGAAAGUAAAUUUUUGAACAUUCCACCCAAUUUAUUUUUGUUGUUGUUAUUCACUCUUGGCUCAUAUUUCGAGGUUUCUCCACGCCCACAAUAUGUGACUUGAAGGUAACAUAGGUGCUUCAUCAUUGCCAACAUUUUGCCUACAAACACCAAUGCCACUUGUGACUUGAAAUAAAUAAUUGUUGUAGCAUAGACCUAUAUAGAGCACUUUUUUCAUUAGUUGAAAUUAAUCUUCAAAGUAAUGAUGGAUUAUGUGUUAGAAAGCUUGAGUCUAGAGUUGG